AUGUUGGUCGAGACAAUUGUGAUGAUGGUGGUGGCUGUAUCGGUGGCUGUGAUGGUGGUGGUGGCUGUGAUGGUGGUGGUGGCUGUAUCGAUGGCUGUGAUGGUGGUGGUGGCUGUAUCGAUGGCUGUGAUGGUGGUGGUGAUUGUGUCUACAUACGCAAAACAUCAGCCAUAUGGUUGUGAUGGUGGUGGUGGCUGUAUUGGUGGUUGUAAUGGUGGUGGUGGCUAUAUCGGUGGCUAUGAUGGUGGUGGUGGUGGCUGUAUCGAUGGCUGUGAUGGUGGUGGUGGCUGUAUCAAUGGCUGUGAUGGUGGUGGUGAUUGUGUCGGCAUACGCAAAACAUCAAUCAUAGUGCGAGAGGGAUUAUUAAGCUUCCUCUUCCGUGCCAUAACAAGCAGUAACAAAUACAAUUGA